AUGCUGAGUAUUACAUGUGAUAAUGUGUCCAACAAUGACAGAAUAAUUUGCAAACUGAGUGAUAAAGUGCUUGGGUUCAGUGGAGCAGUGAUGUACACCAGGUGCUUCCUCCACAUGGUAAACCUAGUAGUGAAAUUGUUGAUUAACGAGUUCAAUGUGAAGAAACAAGGAGCCAACUAA